UCCUCCUUUCUCUCUUUGUUCUUCAGCUUGCCAUUCACUUCCACUGUAGAAACCAAACCAAACCAAACCAAACCAAACCGGACAAGACAAGAGGACUCGCAACUUGGUAAAGCAGAGGAUCAUCGAUCAACUCACGGGCUUGUCUUAUAAAGAAAAGGUUUAGCCUUUAAAUGCUUUAAGGGGGCUCUGCUUACAGUGCAGAUUCUUCUCCUUCCCUCCCUCCCUUUUAUCCAAUACCCUUCACGGGCUGCUACAAAACAAACCUUUGCGUAUGUGUUCGCCUUAUUUAACAAUUCAAUCGCGUAGGAGACCGAACCCGUCCUUUUCUCUCGUCUCGUCUUUCGGAGGUCAGUCGAUGGCCUCGAGAAACAGAGGACUCUGUUUCAGCUCCUCUGUUUUGCUCUGUCUCGCCCUCUGCCUCGGCUCUGGUUGGUUGGCCCCUUCCUGGGUCUCCGCCCAGACGCCCGUCUUCGCCUGCGAUGUCGAGUCGACCCCGAGCUUGGCGGGGUUCCCGUUCUGCAAUGCCAGCCUGGGGGUCCCGGAUAGGGUCGCCGACUUGGUCCAGCGGCUGACCCUGCAGGAGAAGAUUGGGUUCUUGGUGAACGCUGCUGGGGCGGUCAGCAGACUCGGGAUACCCAAGUACGAGUGGUGGUCCGAGGCUCUACACGGGGUCUCCUACGUCGGCCCUGGAACCCGGUUCUCUAGCUUAGUCCCUGGAGCCACUAGCUUCCCUCAGGUUAUCCUCACAGCAGCUUCAUUCAAUGCCACACUGUUCGAAGCCAUUGGAAAGGUGGUUUCAACCGAAGCGCGAGCAAUGCACAAUGUAGGGCUGGCGGGCCUCACGUUCUGGUCCCCGAACAUUAACAUAUUCCGGGACCCAAGAUGGGGAAGAGGGCAGGAGACUCCCGGAGAGGACCCGUUGCUCUCCAGCAAGUAUGGGGCAGGUUACAUCAGAGGCCUGCAGCAGAGCGAUGAUAGUGAUCCAGACCGGCUCAAGGUCGCCGCCUGCUGCAAGCAUUACACGGCGUAUGACUUGGAUAACUGGAAGGGAGUCGACCGAUACCACUUCAAUGCCAUUGUGACUCAACAAGACUUGGAUGAUACGUUCCAACCGCCAUUCAAGAGCUGUGUUAUCGACGGGAAUGUCGCGAGUGUUAUGUGUUCGUACAACCAAGUUAAUGGCAAGCCCACCUGUGCAGACCCGGAUCUUCUCGCCGGAGUGAUUCGGGGCCAAUGGAAACUGAAUGGCUACAUCGUUUCCGACUGCGACUCGGUGGAUGUGUUAUAUAACUCCCAGCACUACACCAAGACGCCAGAAGAGGCUGCUGCUGCGUCUAUUUUGGCAGGGCUGGACCUGAACUGCGGCUCAUUCCUCGGCCAGCACACGCAGGCAGCGGUGACCGCCGGCCUCCUGGACGAGGCCGCCAUCAACAAGGCCAUCUCGAACAACUUCGCCACCUUGAUGCGGCUGGGCUUCUUCGACGGCGACCCGAGGAAGCAGCUCUACGGCAAGCUCGGACCCGCGGACGUGUGCACGCCAGAGAACCAGGAGCUCGCCCGCGACGCCGCGAGGCAGGGGAUCGUGCUGCUCAAGAACGCGGAAGGCUCCUUGCCCCUCGCCUCGUCGUCGAUCAAAUCCCUAGCGGUGAUCGGACCCAACGCUAACGUCACCAAGACCAUGAUCGGGAACUACGAAGGUACUCCCUGCAAGUACGUCACACCCUUUCAAGGCCUAACUGCGUAUGCUCCGACCACCUACGCUCCGGGAUGCGCCAAUGUGGCAUGCAGCGCGGCCCAGCUUGAUGACGCGAAGAAGAUUGCGGCCUCGGCUGAUGCCACGGUUCUUGUAAUGGGCGCUGAUCAAUCCAUCGAGGCUGAGAGUCGGGACAGGGUCGACCUCCUUCUCCCAGGGCAGCAGUCGCUCCUGAUAUCGGAAGUCGCAAAUGUGUCGAAAGGACCAGUCAUCCUUGUGAUCAUGUCCGGAGGUGGAAUGGACAUUCAGUUCGCAAAGGAUAACAAUAAGAUUACGAGCAUCUUGUGGGUCGGCUACCCUGGCGAAGCCGGAGGAGUUGCGAUAGCCGACAUAAUUUUCGGGGUCUACAACCCAAGUGGAAGACUCCCUAUGACAUGGUACCCGCAAUCGUACGUGGACAAGGUCCCCAUGACAAACAUGAACAUGAGACCGGACCCAGCCACGGGCUACCCAGGGCGGACAUACCGGUUCUACACUGGUGACACUGUCUUUUCAUUUGGUGAUGGGCUUAGCUAUUCGAAGUUCACCCACCACCUUGAUGAGGCACCAGAGCUGGUCUCUGUCCCGUUAGAGUUGAAUCACGCUUGCAAAUUAUCUGACAAGUGCAAGUCCGUAGAUGCUGUUGAACAGAUAUGUGGAAACCUAGGAUUCGACAUCAACUUGCGGGUCAAGAACUCGGGAAUGAUGAGCGGGAGUCACACGGUGUUCUUUUUGAGCAGCCCGCCCUCAGUUCAUGGGUCGCCAAGGAAACACCUGCUGGGCUUUGACAAGGUCUUUGUCGAUGCCCGCGGCGAGACACCGGUGAGUUUCAGGGUGGACGUGUGCAAGCACCUCAGCGUGGUCGAUGAGGUCGGGGCCCGGAAGAUCGCGCUAGGGCAACACGUGCUUCACAUAGGGGACUUGCAACAUUCGUUCAGCGUGGGGGUUUAAAUUUGAAUUUCUCACUUGUUUGGUCCAAAAUUUUUUGGGCUUCGCCUUUUCUCUCCAAAGGCAAAGGCAAUUCCCAAAGACGGGAAAUUAUUGAGAACGCUUUGAAUAAGUUCGUAUGGGAAAUUUGCAAGAAUUUUCUCAGCCCUCAAUGUACCCGAAACGAUUCAAAGAUCAAAUUUUUGAAUCCAACUGAAGCUUUGUGCUUUUCCAUGAUC